CGGUUCUUUACGACCACACAAUCGUGAAGUGCUGCAGCGUGCUGGGGGAGAGGCUGAGCUGGAGCAGGUGACACAAGGAUGGGAGAUCCGGACCGGAUGCUUAGUGCAUCCCCCAACUGGUAUUGCAGCCGUUCCAGCGAUGCAGCCGGAGGGCUUUUGGGGUUUGCAGCUCGUAAUUCUGUCUACUUGCUACGUAUAAGCCCACAGGAGCCUGCAUUCUAUGGGGAGCUGGUUGGGCAUACAGAACGGGUGUCCAGCUUUGCCUUCUCCCACUACUCUGGUCAGCCUCACCUCUGUGCCAGCAGCUCUGAUGACGGCUCUGUGAAAGUGUGGGACACCCAGGCGAAGAGUUUGGUGACAGAACACAAGCUCCAUCGGAACACAAUCUCUGCCCUCCACUGGUCUCCCCUGGUAAAGGAUUUGCUGGUAACCGGAGACGAGAAGGGGAUAGUGGUUUGUUUUUGGUGUAAUCGAAAUGAUGGGCAGCAGUUUUUCCCAGAGCCGAGGACCAUUUUUUGUCUGUCCUGUGCACCACACCAAGAAGAUCUAGUGGCAAUAGGGUACAAGGAUGGUAUGAUUGUCAUCAUAGAUAUCAGCCGUAGAGGGGAAGUUACUCACCGUCUGCGAGGACACGAUGAUGAGGUCCAUUGCUUGGCAUGGUGCCCACAUCCCCGAGAGGAAGAUCUAUAUACGAAGUCAGAGGAAUCACAAGGAGCAGAACAAAAUGCAACCAAUGGUGAUCUCCUGCCGGAGUCUGAGAACAAGGGCUGCUACCUGGCCUCAGGCAGCAAAGAUCAGACCAUCCGUAUCUGGAGUUCCUCCACAGGCAAAGGCAUUAUGACUCUGAAGUUGCCAUAUCUAAAGAGGCGGGGAGGAGGAGUUGAUCCUACAGUGAAGGAACGCUUAUGGUUGACAGUCCACUGGCCGCGUGGACAUCCUAGCCGGAUACUCUCUAGCUGCUUUGGGGGUGAGCUGCUUAUGUGGGAAUUAACUAGAAGUGGAAAGCAGAAAUGGACCCUUCUGGGCUCCUCAGAGGGACAGAACCAUUCCCGCAUUGUGUUUAACCUUUGUUCCUUAGUCACAGAGGAGGGGAAGGAGCUCCUUCUGUCUACAUCUAUGGAUCGGGACGUGAAAUGUUGGGACUUGGGCUCCCUUUCUUGUUGUUGGUCAUUGAGCUCGCUAGGAGGCUUUGUGUACAGCCUGGCGUUUUCUCCUGUGGCAUCUGGAUGUCUGGCGGUCGGAGUUGGUGACGGCAUGCUUCGUGUCUGGAACUCCCUAUCUGUCGUCAAUGCAUACGAUGUGAAGACACUGUGGCAAGGCAUCAGAUCUAAAGUGACUGCACUCUCUUGGCAUCCAACUAAAGAGGGCAGGUUGGCCUUUGGGACUGAUGAUGGAAAAGUUGGGAUUUAUGAUGUCUUUUCCUCCAAACCCCCUCAAAUUUCUAGUACUUACCACAAAAAGACUGUGUAUUCCAUGUCCUGGGGUCCUCCAUUGCCUCCAUUUUCUUUUGGCGCUGAAGGGGACCGGCCUCCAUUCACCCUGUAUAGUUGUGGUGGAGAGGGGGUCAUUUUCCAGCACAACCCCUGGAAACUAACUUUUGAGGCACAAGAUAUUAACAAGCUUAUCCGAGAUACAAAUGAGAUUAAACAUAAAUUACCUUUACAUACAGAGCUGAAUUGGAAACCUGACUGGCAACAUCUCGCUGUUGGUAAUGAGGAUGGGAGCAUUGAAAUCUUUCGGGCUCCGCAUCUUAAGCUGAUCUGCACUAUUCAGCAGCAUCAUAAAAUUGUGAACGCUCUUCGCUGGCACCAUGAUCACUGUGAGGAUCCCACCCUGAGCUUCCUCCUUGCUUCAGGAUCCAAUAAUGCUGUGAUCUAUGUACAUAACCUGAAGGGGGCGCUAGAGAACUCUGCUGAAGUCCCAGGCACCAUCACAGAUCCUUUUCGGACCUUGUCUGGACACACCGCAAAGAUUACAAGUCUGUCUUGGAGCCCUCAUCAUGAUGGUAGGCUGGUAUCUGCCUGCUACGAUGGCACCUCUCAAGUUUGGGAUGUACUUAAAGAAGAGCCAAUCAGUAACUAUCGGGGGCACAAGGGACGAUUGCUAUGUGUGCAGUGGUCACCAGUGGAGGCUGAUCAGGUGUGGACGGGAGCAGAUGACUUCUCUUUACACAAUUGGUCUGUAUCAAAGCAGGAGCACAGUCAACCUCCCAAAGGAAAGAAAUCCGUUGACCUGGAAAAGAAACGCUAUCAGCAAGUCAAAAACAAGGCAAAGAAAAAGAAGAAGACUGACAUUAUUACUCAAGAGGUUGGAGGAGAAGUGAUAAGCAGGGACCAAGAAAGUCUUCUCACCACAACACAGAAUGGGGCAUCUGAUCAAGAAGAGGAUGGGGCCUCUCCUGAGAUGAUUCCUGAGAAAACCCUGCAGGAAGCUGCAGUGGAAUCUCAGCCUGUGUCCGAUGCUUCACCUCUGCCAAGUAUUGAGAAGCGCAGUCCAAGCCCAAUAUUUAAGAGAGCUGCACCCAAGAAGGAGCAACCAAAGGAAAAGGGAGACCUGCACAGCCGAAAGAAGAAAUCGCGCUCUCUGCUUCCGAUCAGCACCAGCAAAGAUCACCGCUCUAAAGAAGAGCAACAUCGGGACUGUGUGAAGCUGGCAGCCGUCCUGUGCACCGAAGGAGAAUCAGCAGAGGGGACGGGUUCUGUGAGUGAGCUUUCAUCACAUCUUGGCCUCUACAGUGACCGAGCAACUUUACGCCGACUCAUGGAGGAAGAGGGAAAAGCUCACCUGGAGAGUGGACACUCAGAACUCCAACACCAGGUCAUGCUGUGGAAAGGUGACCUGCAGGGGGCAUUACAGCUGGCUUCUGAGAGGGGAGAGCUUACAGACCAGCUGCUUGCUCUGGCACCAAUGGCUGGAUAUAAAGUCUGGGUUUGGACGGUUGAAGCAUAUGUGAAACAGCUUUGCUUCCAGGAACAGUAUGUAAAGGCUGCCACUCACCUCCUCUCCAUUAAUAAAGUCUAUGAGGCGGUGCAGCUCUUAAAAGGAAACCACUUAUACAGAGAAGCCAUUGCUGUCGCCAAAGCUCGUCUGCAACCAGAUGACCCUGUACUCCGAGAUCUGUACACCAGCUGGGCCACUGUACUGGAGCAGGAUGGUCAUUAUUCUAUGGCCGCAAAGUGUUACCUAGGGGCAUCAUCCCCAUAUGAUGCAGCUAAAGUCCUGGCCAAGAAGGGGGAUCUACCGUCUCUCAACACCGCAGCCGAACUUGCUUUAAUCUCAGGAGAGAAGACUUUAGCAGCUUCCUUUGCUCUACGCUGUGCGCAAGAACACAUCACUGCAAACAACUGGGUUGAGGCCCAGACGUCUCUGAAGCAGCACCCAACCCUGCUGGGCCACAGGCUGGUCUUUUGUACCAGUGAAUUACUGUUUAACCACCUUGAGGACAAGACACCAGUGGAUUGGAAGACACAGUCCAGCCCAUGUUUUCACGAAUGUGUUGGCCACGCCAGUGAGGAGCCUUUCAUUAGUAAACUCACAGGCCUGUGGCAGAUGGAAUAUGGGCUGUGCUCAGCAGACCAGUAUCAGGAGGUUUGUCAGCAGCUGUGUGCAUCUGACACCCCGCCAACCACAGGCAACACCAGCCCCAAGCAGCUGCUUCUCCACAUCGCUCACGAGGUGGCGCUGUCUGCUCUGAACUACCUGUCAAACAGCUGGGAUGAGAUGGCGGCAGCGUUACUCCGUGCCCUCUACCGUUGUCAUCAGGCAGGACAGUUUACAUUAAUGCAAGAAAUUUCCCAUCUACUGCUGCCAAAAGGUUGCGAUGAGCUAAGAAGGAACCUCAACCCAGACAAUAAACAAAGUUUGGCGGCAUGUGACAGCGUGCAGGCGUUCCUCGCCUAUAUCCAGUUGUAUGACACGUGGUGGAAUCAGUCAGAAGUGAAGAUGGAGAUCUCUUCUGGAGAAGAUGCAGUUCUCACUGUCCCAGGGGAGAAGGAUACUCCAGAAAUCCCUUGUGAUUUUGGAGUGCUUUUGUCAGACCUGCAUGCCAGCUUCCAGAAUGCACAGCGGGAGAUUACGGAUGUUCAGCAAGCUCUUCGGGAGAUGAUCCAGCAGCAUCAGAGGAACAGGCAGAUCCAGGAUAGUUCUCUAGAACUAGAUCAAGACGCUGACUCAAACCCAGCUUCAUCGCCAGAGAAGGGUCCUGACAGCAAGAGCCAGAUUUCGAACCCAAAUCCAGUCUCCCUGACGGAGCUGAUGAAGAAGCUUUCUACAGCAAACCAUAAAUUGGCUGAAUUUCCUGAAUACCUAAAGGUGCUGCCAUUUCCUAAUGUUCUGGAGAGCUGCCUGGUCCUACUUCACCUCCCCUCUACUAAGCUGGCCUUGGAUGUACAUGGACAGGCGAUAAGUCUCCUGCAGAGACAUGGCUCUGGGUCACCCGACUACCAGAAAGUAGCCAGCAAGUUGGUGUCAUCAUUACAAGGGCAGCAGUCCACAGACUAAGUUGGCUUCUGACUGCUUCCAGGUCUGCAAUAACCACCGCACUAGUGCCAGCAUCCAUCAGCUGCCUUUGCUUCUCUCUGAAGCUCUCUACUAUAGUCAUCCAUCCACCCUGAGUAUAUUUAUAACCUCUGGGAUUUGAAUUAUGUUCCCAGCAGUGGUCUGACCAAGGCCUUAGGAUGCAUGGAAGAUGCUGAACUGUAGCUUUGGACACUCCAUGCAGUUCAAUGCCAAGGACCCAUUUUCUUUUUGUUCUCCAUAUUCUGCUGUGUGCACGUAUCUUGAAUGAUAUGCAGCAGUCAGUGCACUCAACUCCUUAUCGUGGAAGUGUUUUUUUUUUUUUGUGAUGGACCUGUAGUUUAUAGGGAAUAUCCAUCUUUGCAACUAAUUUUACUUUGGCAGUUAAGAAUAAAAUAAAUUUGCUAAUAUUCUUGGUUACAGACCUACAUUUUUGGCUACAGCUCCCAUGCAGACUUGUGCAUCUCCAUGUUAACAGACUGCAGUCACUUUACCAUACAUUUGUCCUCUUGCUAAUAUAUACGUAAGUAAGAAGUAGAGGACACAUAGGAGGGUGGCUGCAGGAUCAGGGGUUGCUUGUAGUCUAACGUGAAGACACACAGGUCUUCGGCAAAGUCUACACAGAAGACACAGAAUUAUGUUCCAUUUUAAAUGAAGAAUACUUUAAAAAACGUGCUUCGUUUUCACUUUAGUUGCAUUGGAACAAAAAAUAGUCCCAAAGAUGGACCUUUCUUUAAUGAUGUUGUAUGACAGAAAAACAGCGCCUCCUUUCUCUAGAGUGUGGUAUUGCAGCUAAGCCCUUUGCACUUCAAUGAUUACAUAUACCUAAGAAUUAAGUUUGAAACAGUUUCUGCCUUUUCUUCCACUUUCCAGGCUAUUCUUGUUAGGCUGGAUUUAUACACUGAAGUCUACUCAUACUUCUGUGAAGCAGAGGAUGGGAGAUGCUACUCACUUAGAGUCCAAUUAUGUCUUUUAUUUUUUUUUAAAUAACCCCAGCAGUGUGCUGUACCUAGUGAAAAAAAUCAUACUCGUCUGCUCUCCGUCGCUCUGUUCUGUAAUCUUCUGGUCCCAAGCCUAUAAACUUCUGGGCUCUGGACUGGAGCAUAUGGACCGCUUCAACCAGCAACUUUCCUCAGCAGUGAUGUGUCCCCAAUCAGCACGUCACUGCUGGGUCACAUGCUGCUUGGGGACACGUAACCAUGGGCUGCAGUGACACAUGUAAAGCCUUUCUGAAGUUUACAGCCCAGGGACCAGUAGUGAAAUAGAGCUAGAACAGUGCAUGACAACACACUGCUGGGGCUGUUCUAACAAAAAAAAAAAAAAGCUGGUUAUCCCACAAAAAUAUUAUCACCUAUUCUGUUAACCUAGCAUGAUACAAAUACUGAAUUUAAAGAAGGAUUCCCACAAAAAGGUUUUUAGUCUGUGACAUGUUAGAAAGGUACAUGAUGUAAACUGCUGUAAAGGUAAUUUUCUUACCAGAUACUGUUUGUGAGUUAUAACCUUAAUUCUGAUCCUUAGCUAUGUCAUGUGUCCAACACUGACUAAUAUAAAUCACACAGCAUUUUAUAUGUGGACAAGACAUCCGUUUCUCUAUGUAUUCCUAUCGGAGCCUCACGCUCAGUCUCCUAGGAAUAAAUAGAGAAGUUACUGACUUUUUGUCUUGUGUCAGUUGGAGAUCAGACUGUUGGUCACAUGACACAGCUGAGGAUUAAAAGGGAGGCUAUAACUCACAAAUACAGUCACUGGUAAGAUUACCUUCACUACAGUUUAUAUCAUACACCUUUCUAACAGGUCAGAGAGUAAACAUUUUUGUGGGAGUGCUACUUUAAGCAAAAAAAUAUAUAAUGACGCUUCUGCUGUAAUGUACAGUAUUUUCAACAAAAUGUGGAGAAUAUUCUGUCUUGUAUAUACUGUAAUUUUCAAGUGUAUGAUUAUCAGCUGGCUAAGAAUUGUUUCUAUAGAGUAUCUGUUUAUGAUGCGUAUGAACCUGAUGAGGUUUAAAUGGGGAGUUGCCUUUUUUCAGAUACAGCAGCUCUGCCCCGUUCCAGUAAAUUGAACUUAAGCUACUUUCACACCUGCAUUAGGUGCGGAUCCGUCUGGUAUCUUCACAGACGGAUCUGCACCUACAAACGCUUGUAUCCGUUCAGA